GUCAUACGGUUGAUUGAUACAAGGCGCACUGAACCCAAAGUUUAACUUUCUUUUUCUCUCAAUUACAUGCAGUUUCCUCCAUUCUCAGUCAACAAUUUCUUCAUAAUCUUGCGUCAUCUUUCAUCAACUUCAACCUACAAUACCAGUAAUGCAUAUACAAGUUUUAUUCAUUCGAGAUUUCAUGAGGUCAAGUCUGCAAAACCGGAACUAUCAAAUUUAGAUGUAAUCAAGAAGUUAGCAAAAGCGUACAAAUCCCUUCCCAAUGAAGAAUUAGAAAGAUUGAAGUCAGAAGUAAAAGAACAUCAAUCUCAUCUUAAAAAAGCAACCAAGUUUGCUUAUCUAAAUGGAAUGCCAAAAAGUCCACCGAAUUCUGGAUUCAAAGUUUUCAUAAGAGAACAACUAAAGAACUCUAAGGGUACACCAAUAUCUCAAAUGCAAAAUGAAUUUAAGGAUACUGUAAAACAAUGGUCAUCAUUACCUCAAUCUAAACAGAUUGAAUAUAAUAAUAUAGCCAAAGAUUUAAAACAUGAAUAUGAAACAAAACUUAAAGAAUGGGCAAUUGAAAAUAAACUUGGUCAUACAAAACGUGCAUCAAUACUUGCUGAUAGAUUUUAUAAAACAUAUUAUCCAAAAUAAACAACAGGUAGCUAUUUCACAAUCGAUGGAUGAAUUGCGAAAUGUACUACUUACUACUACUAGUAGUAAGUAGUACUCGUGAAAAUAUUGAAUUUUUUGAACUUUUUUUUAAGAGAAAGAGAGAGCUAGUAAAAUAGAGAACACUGAUUCGUUUUUGUGUAAAUAUUAUUAUUAAUAUUAUUGUUAUUAUAUAAUUGUCUGUUUAUCUAACUAUUUUUUGCAGCAGCCAUUCAUUUUUGUAUUUCACUUGCCUAUUUCAAUUCUGCUUUGAAGUGUUUGUUUGUUUAUCUUUUCCCUUGUCUUUAUAAGAAAGAGUAAACAACGCAUUUCAAUUAUCUUAUAAAUUAUUGUCAUUUUUUGUCAGUUAUAAAAUAAAUCAUGUUGGUUUA